UCAACAAGACAUUAUAUAAAAAUGUUUGACACUUAAAAGGACAAAGAUAGAAAGGUUUAGCUGAAAACUCCAACUAUACUUGAAAUAACUUUAAGAUAUUUACAAUUCAAUGAACGUAUUGUCUUUAAUUUGUAUCAAUACAUACUUGGUGCAUGAGAGAGUGUUUUCAGUGCUUUAGCUCAAAAUAUGCGCUCUUCUUUUUUUGUUUUGUGGAGUUGAAGACUAAAGUAUAUCACAUUCGUAAAAUUGUACAAGAAAAAGAGGCGCAUAUCACAAAAUUUGGCAGGUGAUUGCGUUCUGGGACCGACUUUUGCCUUUUGGGAGUAGACGAACUGAGAUUUAGACUUUAUUGAAUCCUAACGUUUUAGGCCGAGACACGUAUAUUCAAUUGAACUGGCGACAAUGUACAUUAAUUAAUUCAAUAAUGUUUUGCACCUCAUUUUAAUGCCACAAGGACGAUAAUCCCUGCGAAAUAUUCAUUCAUCGGAUGGGCACGGGUUGUUUAUGUAUAAUAUCAUUGUAUAUAAAACGCCCUGGAUGGACAUGUAGUGUAUGGAAUAUUUCGAAAUAAUAGCCGGCACACACAUGAAAAUUUAAUUAAAAUAAAAAAAAACAUUUACAGUAUGUUUUGGUGACAAGGGUUACAAUCGCGUGAUUUCGAACAAGGUGUGUGGUCGAUGUUAACAUUUGUGGUCGUUAUGUCGGAAACUGAGACGAUUCUCGUCCGUCGCCGACACAACCAAAAAAUAAAUUAGUGGCAACUGCAUGAAACACCUUGAAAACACCUGCCUCAUAAAUAGUUUCCAUCAACGAGGUGAGAAAAUUACAAUUGGUAACCAAAUAUGAUCCAGGAAUGAGAGAAAUAUUACCCACAAUACUGAAAAACCUCGUUGGAGAGAUAUUUAUACUGGAUUUGUACAACUCCCCCCUGCAAAUAACGUAACCUAUCUCUAAAUAGGCAAAAAAUUGCAGUUAAAAUAAACAUCUGCUCGGAAUAAGUUGAUAAAUCAUUUCAUUUUUUCAGUAUUAUGACGGUGUGGUUUUUGCGUCAAUCGUCUUUGUUUCUGAAGAUAUGCUGUUUCCAGCUUGUGUUGUUAUGCAUUAUCCCUGUCAUGAAAUGUUCCGUCCCUUCCAAUGUAACAAUAGGAGUAAUAUUCUCUAUAACAUCUGAAGGCGAUGCAGAAAGAAAAGCAUUCGAACUUGCAAUCGCUCAUGUGAACAGUGAUGGCAGCGUCUUACCUUCAACACAACUUCAGUACAUCAUCAAUAAUACCAUCAGUCGUGAUCCUUUAUCUAAUAUACAGAAAGCAUGUCAUCAAAUAUCAAACGGUGUCACAGCAGUGUUCGGUCCUGUAACAAGCACAGAUAUCAAAGCAAUCACGACAGUCACAACAGGGCUAAAAAUUCCUUUAUACAGUUCGCAAGCUACGAAUCCAGCAUUCUCGUUUGAUCAUAAAAACUAUCCGUUCUUACUUCGCAUGGAUAGUUCCGAUGAUAUGAAUUCCAGGGUUUUGACGGAUGUUUUUAAGCGUUUUUUGUGGCAAAGGGUCGCUGUACUUACAUCAAAUUCAGACUAUGCAAGAGGAUUUGCGGCUGAUUUUUACAACAAAGCAAUAAAAAACAACUGGAUUAUUGCAGCCAUAGAGGAAUUCAAUGCAAUACACGAUUACAACAACUUAGAUGUUCGCACACAACUGACAAGAAUAAAAAAGAGAGGUGUUCACGUAGUUUUACUAAGCUGUGGUGCCUCUUAUACUCCAGUCAUCAUGAGACAAGCCAAGGAAUUAUUGAUGAUCAAAAAUUGGGCUUGGAUUUUAACGGACAGUACAUUUGAUCCACCGUCUCCAAUCGCAGAAGAACUGAUCGGCCUUCUUGGAGUACGCGAUACAAUCGAUGGUGGAACUUUAGCCUCUGUGCUAACAAGUGGAUUACAAAACGCUGGGUUUAGUACCAAUCCUGUGUCUUAUGCGGCAACGAAGAGAUUUGAUUCUGUCUUAGCAUUUGCAAAAGGUCUUCAUGAUUUUUUCCAAGCUGGGCAUAGAUUAUCAAACUCGACUCCAACUUGUGAGUCGUGUGGAGAAGAAAGAAUUGUGAGUGGACAUGGCGAUACGUUGAUGAAUUACUUGAAAAAGGUUCAAACAAAUGGAGCGAGUCAUUUUCUGAAUUUUUCAAGCAGUGGUUCGCCCGGGGUUGCCAGAUUUCAUAUUAUGAAUCUUCACAGUAGCGGAUGGUCGAAGGUAAGAAAAAAGAACUUAAUCGGAAAUUGGGAAGAAUCUCAAAACUUGGCGAUCAAUUCUAGCGGAAAAGCAAUGAUGUGGCCUGGCGGAGUAACAGAUAUUCCUGUAGAUUCGACAUAUACGUUGGGAAACACAACCUUGAACCUUGUUACCGUUAUUGAACCAGGUUUUAUUCAACUGAAGAAAGGAAAGUCAUCCACAGACCCAGAUCCUUAUGAAGGUUAUUGCAUAGACCUAUUAAAACGUCUUGCAAAAGAUCUCCAUUUCAACUACACAUUAACGUUAGUUCCUGAUGGGAAGUACGGAAAUUAUGACGCCAAUAAUAAGAGAUGGAAUGGUAUGGUUGGUGAACUAGUGGAUAAGAAGUUUGACAUGGCCCUAGCACCAAUUACAAUAAGUCAAAGUCGUUCAGAAGUUAUCGACUUUAGCAAACCAUACAUGGAUUUGGGCCUAAGUAUUCUCAUGCAAAUUCCAGAAAAAACUGAAACCAAUAUUUUUGGAUUUGUGGACCCACUAUCGAGAGAAGUGUGGUUCACGGCAUUUAGCAUCAUGGCUUUGGUGGCAGUUAUCAGUUUACUACUCGAUAAGAUCAGUCCAAAUGGACAUUACGGUUCUGUGGUUCAAGCGGAACUGGACGAAGGAUGUGACAGAGAGGAGGUUGAAGAAGAGCUUGAAGGACUGACAUAUUUAAAUCUAACAAACUCAGUUUGGUUUUCUAUUGGAGCUUUACUACAGCAGGGGGGUGAUGUACUUCCCAGAGCUGUCAGUGGUCGCACAGUGGCAGCAUUUUGGUGGGCAGCAUCAAUGAUAUUGAUAGCAACAUACACUGCCAAUCUUGCUGCAUAUCUGACAUUUGGUCGCAUGAAACUAACUAUCAACUCCGUUGAAGCACUCGGUUCUCAAACCAAGAUAAGUUAUGGUACAGUAAAAAACUCUCCAGCAGCAGAAUUUUUCCAGGAGUCCAUCCUACCGUCCUAUAAUGCUAUGUAUCAAUUUAUGAAGUCGCGAGGGACUUUGGCAAAUUCUCAGGAUGAAGCACUUAAAAGAGUGCGAGAAGAUAACGUUGCCUUUAUUUUUGAUUCUAUCUUAUUGGAAGCAGAGAUGUAUAAAAAACCAUGUAAUGUCUUCACAGUGGGAUCAACGUUUGGAAAAUUUGGAUAUGGUCUUGCACUCCAGAAAGAUUCUCCUUUCACAACCCGGUUCAGCCUUGAGAUUCUCAAACUGCGUGAAAAAGGAGUCUUACUGUACUUUGAGGAUUACUGGUUCAAGAGAAAAGGCGACUGCAUUCCAGAUUUAUCGAUGCUGGAACUUUCAAAUGGUCAGUUAACAUUAAAGGAUAUGAUUGGAGUAAAGUACGUGGUGUACGCUGGAAUUGGCCUGGGAUUGAUACUUAUCGCCGUAGAAUUGUGUGUCGCCUCGUUUUGGGAAGUCGAUCCAACUGAUCCAAGGAAACCCAAAACAUGGUCCGAGGCUAUGAAAAAGAGACUGAGGCGAAUAUGGGACGAUAUUAGGGACAGGUUGCCCAAAAUACCAGGAAAACUUAAAAAUCUGCGGCAGAGCUCCCGUCACACUUCAAGUGUUACUGCAGUCACAACGGUAAGCAAGGUUAAACUCGAGGCAAAUGAGAGUGCGAAGCUGAAGGAAGAAAACGUGAAUAAAGGCUAUCAAAAGGAUGACGUCCAUCCCUUCGAAAUCAGAGACCGAUGAUCGAUAAAUGAUGUAUCACAAUCAAUAUAUCAUUACAUGUAAAGAAAUGCUGCACAUAGGGCCAUUAGAUGAAAAAUUGAAGAUGAAAAAUUGAUUGGUCAGAAGAUGAAAAAUUUGUUACUUCCUUUCUGGUCUUACAUGUACCUAAGUUGAGGUAAAAAGUUGGUUCAAACUUUGAGCAGUCCCCUGCUGACCUGCUCUCAAAAUGCUUUUGUGCUUCUAAGUUCUAAUCGGAUCGUUUGAACGGCUUUUAAAUUUAGUAAGUUAAUAAUAUCACUGUCAUAUCACAGCACUUAGCACCUUAAACUAACUUUAACUAUAUAAAUCAUAAAUGUACUUAACCUAUACCAUUUCAGAGAAAUAAAAUGAUAAAGAAAUGUUUAUCAAAAGGUGGGAUCGUCGUUUUGAGGGUGUGAAUUACUAAAUUUUUUUUGGGAGCAUACCCCUGACUUUUUAGAGACUGCCUGCCAUAAAGGCUA